CACGUUUCCUUAACUCACCAUCUUGUUUCCAUCGAACUUCCUCACAGCCGCCGGAAAGGCCCAUCGCUCCGCCGCGGAUUGCUGCCGAUGUAACCUGUUCUUGAAUUGAUUGCAUGUAAAAAUUAAAAUUCAAAAUGAUUCAUGCAUGCAUAGAAUCUGCAACGUGUCGGCGGUAACAUGCAACUGGAAUCUGUUUCUCAUGGCGGAGAUAACGCAGCGGAAUUAAAACAUUGUGGUGGCACAUUCCGGUGAAGGUAACAUGCAGUGGGACGGCGGCGAACUGCAUGUCCUUGGAAACGUGCGUGUCUAUAAUUUUAUUUUUGUUAAAAAAACUAAAUAGUGUUUAUUCAAUCUGAGCCAUUGAUUUAUGAUUUACCACAUGGCGUACAUCUAAGCAAAGAAUCGGGAAAGUGGAUGAAACAUUGACUGGAGCAGAUCCGAAUUCCAUCCAUCCAGAGACCCCCCGAAUUCAUCUUUGUUUACUCGACAGACAGAGAAUAAAAAGUUAAAAAGAUUGAACCAAUAAUGAAUGCUGAAAUGCUCCUCCAAUCAAAUCCACUGAACGUGUGGUCAAUUUACCAUUACACCCCUCCUCGUGUUGGACAUUCUUCGUCAAACACCCACAGUUUCGCUCAAUCACAAUCACAAUCACAAAUACAUAUCCACUCUUCAUUCUCAUCCUCAAAACUUUAUCCAAAAUCAAUGAUGACUUCUUCUUCUUCUUCUUCAGUGAUGAGAAAGCUAGAUGUUGUGUCUCCUGUUCCAUCAGACAUAGAUAUUGCUAACUCCGUUCAACCUAUUCACAUCUCUGAGAUUGCUAAUCAUUUAAAUCUUACUCCCAAUCAUUACGACCUUUAUGGCAAAUAUAAGGCCAAGGUUCUGUUAUCCGCUCUUGAUGAACUGCAAGAAUCAAAAGAUGGGUAUUAUGUUGUGGUUGGAGGCAUUACUCCAACUCCUCUUGGUGAAGGCAAAUCUACUACUACUGUUGGUCUCUGUCAAGCAUUAGGUGCUUUUCUUGAUAAAAAGGUGGUCACCUGCAUUCGUCAACCAUCACAAGGACCUACUUUUGGAAUCAAAGGAGGUGCAGCUGGUGGUGGUUAUAGCCAAGUGAUUCCCAUGGAUGAAUUCAAUCUUCACCUAACAGGAGAUAUACAUGCAAUAACUGCAGCAAACAAUCUUCUAGCCGCUGCAAUUGAUACCAGAAUUUUCCAUGAGUCAACACAAUCAGAUAAAGCUCUUUUCAACCGGUUAUGCCCUCCAAAUAAGGAAGGAAAAAGGAGCUUUAGUGAUGUCAUGUUUAGGCGUCUCAAGAAGUUUGGCAUUUCAAAGACCAAUCCAGAUGAUCUUACACCAGAAGAAGUAAAUAAAUUUGCUAGGCUUGAUAUUGACCCUGAUUCUAUUACAUGGAGGAGAGUAAUGGACAUCAAUGACCGGUUCUUAAGGAAAAUUACUGUUGGCCAGGGACCUGAUGAGAAAGGAAUGGUACGAGAAACAGCAUUUGAUAUUUCAGUUGCUAGUGAGAUAAUGGCUGUUUUGGCAUUGACAACAUCCUUAACUGAUAUGCGGGAGAGGCUAGGGAAAAUGGUAAUUGGAAACAGCAAGAGUGGUGACCCUGUAACUGCUGAUGAUCUAGGUAUUGGAGGUGCUUUGACGGUUUUAAUGAAGGAUGCCAUUCACCCUACUCUUAUGCAGACUUUGGAAGGAACUCCUGUUCUUGUCCAUGCAGGUCCAUUUGCAAACAUUGCUCAUGGGAAUUCUUCUAUUGUGGCUGAUAAGAUUGCACUCAAGUUGGUUGGACCGGGUGGAUUUGUAGUUACUGAAGCUGGUUUUGGUGCUGAUAUUGGAACUGAAAAGUUUAUGAACAUUAAGUGUCGGUAUAGUGGUUUGACACCUCAAUGUGCAAUUAUUGUUGCAACAAUAAGGGCACUGAAAAUGCAUGGUGGAGGGCCAGCAGUUGUUGCUGGAAAACCUCUUGAUCAUGCAUAUUUGACCGAAAAUGUUGCUUUGGUUGAAGCUGGUUGUGCGAAUUUGGCAAGACAUAUAUUAAAUUCCAAAGCUUAUGGUGCGAAUGUUAUAGUUGCUAUCAACAAGUUUUCAACUGACACUGAUGCCGAGCUAAAUGCGGUUAAAAAAGCUGCCUUAGAUGCUGGGGCUUAUGAUGCUGUUAUAUGUAGCCAUCAUGCCCAUGGUGGCAGAGGAGCAGUAGACCUAGGCAUUGCAGUUCAAAAAGCUUGUGAGAAUGCGACACAGCCAUUGAAGUUUCUAUAUCCUUUGGAUAUUGGUAUAAAGGAGAAAAUAGAGGCAAUAGCAAAGUCAUAUGGAGCCAGCGGUGUUGAGUACUCAGAGCAGGCCGAGAAGAAGAUUGAGUUAUAUACCAAGCAAGGAUUUUCAGGACUUCCAAUCUGUAUGGCCAAGACUCAGUAUUCUUUCUCAGACAAUGCUGCAGCUAAGGGAGCUCCAACUGGGUUUAUCUUACCAAUAAGGGAUGUAAGAGCUAGUAUAGGAGCUGGAUUUAUUUAUCCUUUGGUUGGAACAAUGAGUACCAUGCCUGGGUUGCCAACAAGACCGUGCUUCUAUGACAUUGAUCUGGACACAACAACUGGACAAGUCAUUGGUCUCUCUUAAUUAAACCUCUAUCUAGUGGACCAUGCUCUAUCAAUUGCAAAACCUUCUCGAAUGCACGCCAAUACCAAAUUCACAAGUGCCACAGAUGAUUUCCGCAUUUUCCUUUGCUGCUGGUGAUCUGUAUGAAUGAAAUAAAUAUCUGAAGAGAUAUGUGUAAUUUUUGUUUAUGUUGUCAUUUCUUAUAUGAAUAAUUCAAUUGUUGUAAAACUCUUCGCAGCAAAUGCAUAACAGUCAGAGUUCCUGAAUAUAAAUGGAAGAAAUGCAGCAAAUGCAUAACAGUCAGAGUUCCUGAAUAUAAAUGAAAGAAAUGAAGUUUCAUCAUAA